CCUUCGUUCCUGUGAGGAAGCAAAAUGUCUACCUUUCACACUUCAGAAGAUGAACACACAUCUCAAAUACUUUGACGGCAACGUGCUUCUUUUAUUUUGACAACUAUGACCGGAAGAAGUGCGCGUCCAUGUUCCCUGCCCGACGAUUGACUGAACUCGGCACCGCUCGUGUUUUCUCGGUUCAGUUUCAGCACCAGCGAAGAGUCCAAUGAAUCGAUUGCAACCAGUGAGGAACCAGCGAGGAACCAGUGAGGAGCUACUGGGCGCAGAGCCUUCCAGCCUUCUACCGUGUCUCACUGUCGAAGACGUGGGAUGAAGGUGCGCUUGUUUUGAGGCCCUGAGCUGCGUGUCCUGGCUGCCGGGCGGGGCUACGGCUGGCGCUGUCCGGCAACGUGGUGCUGACACGUUCCAGGAGUCAUUACACACUACUGCAGCUGGUAGCAUAUUUUGCCGAGAAUGUGGGAGAAAAUCUUUCUGCUUCUGCUUCACAGUGUCGAAGCCGCAGUGACCUCCCAGUGCCUGCAGGGGACCACCUUGUCAAAGGCGGUGGUGUCCCCACCGCUAAGGGCUGGUGGCGUGCUGCGCGUCCCCGGCGCGGCGUCUUUGCAGCAGUGCGUGGCGGCGUGCUGCGACCUGCCAGGCUACAACCUGGCCUGGAUGUUACAGGGACGCUGCUACGUCCUGAGCUGUCAGGGGGACGAGUGUCGACCCCAGCACAGACCCGGGGCCGACUCCUUCCUCGCCUUCCUGCGGACAACGUUGCCCCCUGCCCCGGGGCUGCAGUCACUGGUGAAGGUGGGGCCAUACACAGGCCGCCUGAGGGCCCUCUCACAGUCCUCAAGGGCCCCCGGAGGCCUGGAGGACCUGAGGGCUCCCGGGGACCUGGAGGCCCUAGAAGACCUCGACCUGCUGGACGGACCUCUGCAGGAACUCUCCGCCAGCGCUCUGGAGGCGGCGUAUCCAGAGGGACGUCAACAGGAGAGGGGAGAGUCUCUGGAGGGAGAAGAUAGGUUCAACCAAUCAGAGGGAGAGGAGGGAUUGGAGGGGCUGUGGACACAAACCAGAGACUCACUGGGGUGGAAGGGAGACGGAAACAUCUGGAGCCCAACUGGUGCUGCAGAGACGACGAACGACACACGAAGCAGCGUAGAUCAAAAGUCCCUGACGACUGUCUCCUCCCAACGCGACCAUAUAAGCACAUCCCCUCCCACCCCAGCUCCGCCCCAUCGGCCAUUCCAGCCAGAUGUGCUGCAGGUACUUCAGUCAGCAGUGAGAGCUCCACUGAACUCCACCCAUCAACCUGGAAGGCCUUUGACCUCUGACCCCACCACCACCACCACCACCCUUCGUCCUGGAAGAUCACUGAGCUCCGACCCUACCACCAAUCCUCCUGGAAGACCCUUGACCUCUGACCCCACCUCCCGACCUCCUGGAAGGUCACUGAACUGUAGUCACGCUCCCAGCACUGACCCUCCAACUGCAGAUUCUGAGGUUGGGAGGUCAAACCGCGGCCCGGUGGCGGUGGUGGGUCGGGACAGGAAGCUGCGCCUCCCGGUCAGCAGCUUGCUGCUCGACGGCGGCGGCAGCAGCGGCGGCGGCGGCGGCGUGGGCAUUGAGAGCUACCGCUGGGAAGCGGUCAGCGGGCCGCCGGGGGUGAGGCUGGAGGGGGCGGAUCGGGCGGUCGCCACAGCAACGGGCAUCCGGGCGGGACGCUACACCUUCAGGCUGACGGUGUCUGACCAGCAAGGGGCGACAGACACGGCGUCGCUGAGCGUCAGGGUCCAUGAAGCCCCCAGUCCCCCCCCUGUGGCCCACGCCAGCGGCAGCCACACAGUUUCUCUCCCCAACAGCUCUCUGGUCCUUAGGGGCUCCGUAACCGACGGAGACCAGACGGAGGUCCACUACCUUUGGGUCAGAGACAGCCAAAGUCCUGCUGCUGGGGACGUCCUGUACAGAUCUGAGACUCAGGCCUCCCUCUACCUGUCCAACCUGGUGGAAGGAACCUACCUGUUCCAGCUGAGGGUGACUGACGCUCAGGGGCGGUCUAGCACUUCCACGUCCACCGUGGAGGUAAGACCCGAGCCGGGGGGGGUUGAGGAGGUGGAGCUGGAGAUGCUGGUGUCGGUGUCUCAGGUGAGUGUGGCUCAGAGGGACACGGUGGUCCGACAACUCGCCGCACUGAUCCACGUCCUAGACAGCGAUGUCCAGGUCCGAGCUCUGCAGGGCCACUCCCACCUCAGCACGGUGUUGCGGUUCUCGGUUCUCGGCCCCUCGGAACCAAUCUCUGGCUCCCGGCUGGUGGUUCUGCUGAGGAACCAGUUGCUCGGCGAGAAGAGCGACUACCUGCUGUUCCGGGUCCUGAGAGUCGACACUGUUUUGUGCCUGCUUCGCUGCUCGGGGCGGGGUCGGUGUGAUCCAAUCACAAAGGAGUGUGCAUGUGACCCCUUUUGGACGGAGAACCUGGUUCGCCUAUACCUUGGUGAUGGAGAGAGCAACUGUGAGUGGAGGGUGCUGUACGUCAUCUUGUCCGGCUUCCUGCUCAUGGUCUCCAUCUUGUCCCUCAGCUGGAUCUUCAUCUGCUGCUGCAGGAGGAGGAGGCAGACCAAAGUGAGGAAGAAAAGCAAAUACACCAUCCUUGAUAACAUGGACGCGCAGGAGAGGAUGGAGCUCAGACCCAAAAUCAAAAUCGAGACUCAUCAGACCAGGCAACAUUUUUCCAGUCUUCAACUGUCCAAUUUUGAUAUCAAACACCGCAGCACAGCGCAGAACUCCAGCCUGAUGAUGUCAGAGUCUGAGCUGGACAGCGACCAGGACUCCCCAUUCAGCCGGGAUCGAGACGCCUUCAGCUGAGACCUGGACCCGUCUAGGACCUUUGGACUC